AUGGCGGCCAUUGACUUCGACACUUCGCGUAUGAACGCGUUCAGCGCGGAGGAUUUCGAGACGGCCUCUAUUCGCUCAGCUGCUCCCUCUUACAUCUCCGAAGCGCCAUCCUACCACACCACCGUCUCAACCACCGAGACCAUCCCGCCCUACUCGCCGCCGCAGAGCGGCAACAUCAAUACUAACACCAACGGCACGCCGGCGUCCCGCUCACUGCUGCCGUCCCACACCGCACACAUCCCCUCGCCGGGCCUCCCGCCAAUCCCGCCCGCCCGGAGCUCCUCCGCGGACCUCCCGUCCCUCGGUGCGUUCCGCAUCCCGUCUUGGAGCGUCAACACGAACCCGAUGUACCAGCGCGUGGCGACGCGGCGGGCGCAGGCCGCCAUGUCCAGCGGCGAGGGCCUGGUGCGCAACGCGGCGAGGGUGCUGGAGCGGGUGAACGAGGAGGGGGGCAGCGGCAGCGGCAGCGGCAGCGUCACGCCCGCCGACAGCAGCAGCAGCCGGGUGCGGCCGCUCGAGGACCCGUACCUGGUCGGCGAGGUGGCGGCGGCGAGGGCGAGGCGGGAGAGGCUCGCGAGGGAGAACACGGAGGACAUCCUGCAUAGGGAAGACCGCAGGUGGGACUGGUUCCUGGGCCAGGUGAACGAGCGGGAGGAACGAUCGACCAGCUGGAGACCGUUCCGCCGGAACAACAUGCAUAGCGGAUCGCGGGGGAAACUGGCCCGCCGUGUCGGUACUGGUCGCUAG